GGCAGAGUCUAGGACAAGACACUCUGGGUCAGCCUGCAGUAGCGAUGCACCAUGCUGACUCCAGACCUGAGUCAUUAUCCCUAUUCCGCCAGGUCCUCAUCAGAACCAGCAAGAAAACAAAUGGCAGCUGCGGUAACGCAUCAGCAGACAGGUGUGGACCUGACACAUUUUACGGUCCUGUAACAACCAGCAAGACCUGCAACUGAGCCAGGCGGUAUUUCAGAAAAGAGAAAAUGGAUACAAUAACACAAGAAGAUAUCAGUCCACAAACUGAGAGAGAGCUCACUUCACCACUUUCCCCCAAACGACCAAGGACAGACUGUACACACGACAACAAUGGCAAAAGCAGUUUUGACUUUCCAGAACUUUUGGCGUUUUGGAAAACCUCCUCCUCAUCGACAAGUACCUUGCAGGAGAAUGCAGGCUUAGUAUGCAGAGCAGAAAGUGCUGAUAUUGAAGAUGAAAAACCUCAUGAGCAACCACAAGACGCUCAAUUAAUUGUCAUCCCCAUUACUAGCUUGACUACUUCACACACUAAGGAUGCACACACCGGAUCAUCUGAAGUCUGUUUGAUCGCUGCAGAGAGAUGCUUCAAACUCCUGGUGAGAGAUGAGCAGCCUCCAGUCACUGCAACUGACAAACUCAGCUCAUACCUGCUAGAUGAUGAAGAUAGGGCAUUAGCAGAGACCUUAAAAGAGACUUUAAAAGACGCGAGCGCUGAUUCAUCCAGUCAUCCUGAUUGUAAACUGCUGGGGAAAUCAGUUGAAGACGAGCCCCCUGGUGCUCUCGGUCUUCACGCUGGAAAUAACGAAGCUGGGAGACCGGUGCAAAACAGUGCCAGUCAAAUCCGAGCAUUAACAGUCAGUUCAAGUGAUGGGUGGGUCAGAUGCCACUCUGGUUGCACUUAUGGAAAUGCGCUACAUGACACGGGUUUCUAUAACACGUGGAGCCAAUCUGUAGAAGCUGAAGACAGUAAUCAGGAGUGGGAAGAGCAUGGAUUUAGUGAGAGUAUCCUUUUCAGCAAGGAAAAUGAAGAAGAUAACAGUCUUCUAUAUUUCACUCAGGCAGACUUUGAUUCUUUCUACUCAAACCUGCAACCCUCUGGGAACUUGGCACAAGGUAUAAAAAAUGAGGACAAAAUAUUAGAAUUGCAGAUUUGUGAAUAUGAAAAUGUUGCCAUCUGUAACGGGGAAACAAAAGACCAAGUUAAUGAGAAUGGCAUGAGCAUAAACUCCAUCCCUUAUGUUGCUCUAUUUGCUGAGGGAUCAAUUGUUUCUUAUGAUGUGGUAUCAGCCAGAAAUAUUGCAAUUGAGAGUGCGAGUCUUGAGGCUGAUGACUUCUUUGGGGCAAAAGGAGAGGAGGCUGCUGGCAGGAUGAUAGCCAAAGCUCUGAGUGAAACGCCUGAUCACACAACAGAGACUCCAAUGCCUGCACGAAUCAGUCAAGGGCCUGCUGAAGGAGAUAAUGAUGCAAGCCCUUUCAGUGUAAUUGACCCUGCAAUCUGGAGUGAAACUGACAGGGAGGCUAAAGAGAGGCGCUGUAACUCAGCGAGCGCCGCUGCAGGUGUAGAAUUAUUUCCAACAAUAAAAGUCUUGGAGAUGGAAACACCUCUCCCACUCUGUUCCGACGUCCGGCUAUCACAGGAGGUUUCAGCCCCCGACCAGAACAGGAAGUCAAAUCCCCACAGCAGAACACAGCAGUGCAAAGAUGAAAAAGAGGACUUAUGGCAGUCAUACCCAGAACCACAGGCUUGUUCUAUCAACACCAACGAAACACACAACAAGGCUGGCAGCGACGGCAGCUGUCACUGGAAAUCCAGUCCCAGCAGCAGGCCAGCAAAGCCUCCUCCUGCAGGGAAUGGAAGACGAGACAGCUAUGAUACUGUGGGACAUCAGUUGAAAGAGCAGGAUCAGUCUGGCUGUUUUCCUGUCAGUCCUGACCAGAUGAAGACAAAGGAGGUUGAAUAUUUACAGGCUGAAAUCGCCACAAUGGAUGGGGCAAGUGAGAUAAAAGAAAGGGAAGGAAUGACAGGUUUUGAAGAGGAAAUAAGAACUGGUGAGCACGAGAAACAACCAGAAAACUCACCGGACUUUGAGCGAAAACUGCUGCAACAAAAAGAAAAAUACACAGAAGACGCAACUGAAAUAUCAACUGGUGAUUCCAUCAGUGACGGGACAGAGGGCAAAAUAAGUGAAUAUGACCACAAAUUAACACAUGUUGAUGACGCAUUGAAACAUAAUCUUGGAGUUUUGUCUGAUCACCCAUACAAUGCUGUAAUUGUAGCAAUGGAAGGGACAGCAGAGGAAAAGGAAAGAGAAGAAAGUGAUGUGCAUGGUGACUCAGAGAUAUUAGUGAAAUCAGAGGUGGAUCAUCAGCAGCAAAGUCAGCAGAAGGAAGACAUGCCUGAGGAAUGUGCCAGUGAACACACAGAGGGAAACGUGAGUAUAACUGGCCACAAGUUAACCCUCGUGAGUCACCAUGAGCAAGAAAACAAGCUCAGCUGUUUCUCUGAUUCAACAUUCAUGGUUGGUAAUAAAGAUGAGCGUUUGGCCUUCACUGCCUUCACUUUCAACAGCCGUAUGCCAGGGGGAUUCGACACUUUCGAAAGGAUCCAACUCUCACUGGAUGGUGAUGAAGACGGCCUGAGCAGCAGCCCUCUCCUCACCAGCCUCCCCGGGCAGCUGCUGAAAUCACCCCAGCAACAACCUCACCACUCUGUGCGGGAGGCAGAGAGCAGUGAGCCUGAGGAGGUUCCACAAGAGGAGGAGGAGGAAAGAUGUGUUCGUCACACUGAGAACAUGGCAAAGGGAUUUUCCAGCAGCGAUACCAGCAGUAAUGAAGUCCCCAACUUUAUCUCAGCCGCAGCAGAUGACAUUGCUCUCGCACGGCCAGAGCAACAGCCUAACUGUGAAUCAGCGUAUAAUUCCUCUGAGUGCUUCCACACACAGUCAGCCUCCACUGUCCCCUCUCACGGUGACUGUCCAGCCUCUGAUGUGAACGACAGCCCUAAGUUUGAGAAGAAAAAACUAUUCGACAUGGUGUUGAAAGAGCUGAACCUGUUUUUUGGGGUCAGUAUAAGUGAUUUCACAGGAGACAGUAGAGCAUCGUCGCCUGAGCAGUGUGUUGAUGUAACUGAAGCCUUGGAUGGAGACACUUUGAACUGCAAAGAAAAUCUCAGCAGCCCAAAACUAGGAUGCUAUAGAGACACAUUGUCAGAUGAUGCUGAUGACGACCCCAGCCUGGAUCCAGAGGCUUCUUGUACCUCUGGGGGUGCUGACGGCGAGCAGGAGGUGCCCCAUCUGUGCCAGGAAACAUCCACGUGCACUGAAGAGAGACACAAAGAGCCCCCGCACACGGAGCACAAAAGGACACUAUGGUCUCCGUCCUUCGAGGGUCCACCACUCUUGGAACAACUGAGCUACAGACAGCCGGAGCAAACCAGGCGACUGGAGCCUCUGCGAACAUGCACACGACCGAUCCGGGUCGGACUGUCAAAGAGAGCCAAGACCAAACAUCUGCACCGCCCACACCCCUACAAAUGAACCAACGGCUUGGGGCUUAGAAGCCCUCUUUGUUGCCAUGUCCAAUAACUGUUGGUGCGUUUCUUGUUCUUCUACGCCUUCUUGUUGUCUGCGAGUGGUUCUGGUUCCUGUACAUGUGUACAGCUGCUUCUUUACAAUGCCUCGUCACCUUCGUCCAUCUUCUUACGGAGCUUCCCGUUUGAUCACAGUCUCCUGCUGUUUGCCCACUGAGCAGCUGGGGAGUGAGUGCCUUGCCCAAUGACAAACCUGCUUCCUGUCCAUAUAUACCCUGCUGAAAAUAAUAUUCUAGUUUUAAAAAUAUAUUCCCCAAUUUUUAUGCACUGAUCAAUCUAUUUAUAUAUUUAUUUAUUUGCUUCUUUCCAACCCAGAUUAGGGUUUUAAAAAAUGUAUUUAUGUAUAACCUUGCUAUGUAUUUAUACACUACAUAUUUAAUAUUUAUAUGAACUAGUUUUAACAUGGUUGUGUGUUUGUUCCAUGUGAUUGUUUCUGCUGUUCCUCACUGUGCGUGUGUUGACACAGUGCUACUUGUUCCUGUAAGGUGUGGGUGCCUGCAGUCUGAAUGAGCUGAGGAUGCUCUGAUGCUGUUGUCUCACGUGUACUCUGCAACAUGUCCUUGAGCACUUCUGUGGGAGGUUAGCUGGAGUUGAACUGUUCCCCAUUGAAUUCAAUAAUAUAAUUGCAUAUAAAAAUGUGUUUGUCAUGUAUAUGCAUGAAUCUUCCUUAAGACAAAACAUAGAUCCAAGCUCUUUAUUUUGACAAACGAGGAGAAUUUACUCAACACAGAUCUUUCCUUCCACAGCCGAACUUAUUGUUUGUUCUAACUCAUAAAUAGAUUUACUCUUUUUCAACAACUUGUUCAGCUAAAUGUACUCUUCGUUAUCGUAGCAGACGAACACAUUCCAAUUUUAAUAACACCCUUCCACUACUGGAGCACAACA